AUGAAAGUCCGCACGGAGAACCCAAAAUCCUUUCGCGACUUUAAGCUCAGUUCCUUCGAUUGCUUUGGCACCUUGAUUGACUGGAAUGAAGGUGUCUAUAAAGCGCUUGAGCCAAUUCGGUCUCGCCUCCCAGAGUCACACCCACUAUACACGGAUCGACGAGGGUUUCUUUCAAAAUUCAGCUCAUUCGAGGUGCCUUUGGUGAUCAACAACCCUAGAGGGAUUUACUCCACUUUGCUUUCAGAAGCGUACAUGAAGUUGGCCCGAAAUUUUGGCCAGACGCCAACCGAAGAAGAGGGCAAGGCAUUCGGUGCCUCGGUUGGCGACUGGCCAGCCUUUCCGGACUCGGUUGCCGCCUUGAACUCGAUGAAGAAGCACUACAAGCUUGUGAUCCUGUCUAACGUGGACCGUACCAGCUUCGCAAAGGUGCUCGCGGGGCCGCUUGCCGAAGUCGAAUUCGAUGCCGUGUAUACGGCCGAGGACAUCGGUUCGUACAAGCCGGACAUUAACAAUUUUGAGUACCUACUGUCGCAUGUUGAAAAGGACUUUGGUUUGAAGAAGGAUCAAAUUCUGCACACUGCCCAGAGUCUCCGUGCCGACCACGCCCCCGCUAAAUUGAUUGGUCUGGACAGUGCCUGGAUCGUCCGAGGCGACGAGGGAUUCGCCAUGGGAGGCGAAUGGGCCGACUACGACGGAAAGAUCGAAUACACCUGGAAGUUCGAAACCAUGGAAGAAAUCAGUAAGGCGGUAGAGAAGGAUUUUAGACAACAAAAUACUGCGUGA